UGACAUGAUUCGAAGGGAGGGGUCCCGAGCCCGGUCCUAUGUAGCGCUCUGAGGCUCCUAUAAGUACGCGUCAUCCCGUGCCCGAUCCCCGGACAAGGGCCCUCACACUAUGAAUCCUGCCGCAAAUCUUCAGGCCUCAUCUUCGCAGUGGCGUGAAGAUAUGGUCCUAGAGCUGAGUUUGAAUCCUGACAUAGAUCGUCGUCGAAGGCCGAGGAACAGACCCACACAGUCUUGCCUCAACUGUCAUACGUCGAAGCGCAAGUGUGACCGCAAGCGACCUUGCUCGAGAUGCAUCCAACUAGGAUUGGUAACCUACAUUUAUGUUUUCAUGAGAUCGUUCAAUGUGAACUUUCUUCCACAGACAGGACUUUGCAUUUACGAAGUAGAUGAUCCUGCCCUGAGAGAUAACCCAAAUAUCGACGAGACUACCCGGUUGAGAAAUCGCAUUGCUGAACUCGAAAGCGUACUUCGAGAGAUCCGAGGAAAGCCUCAUCCGCGGUGGGCGGAGACCGCCUAUCGUGGAGGAGAUGUUCACGAAAAGUGGCAUUCUCGCACGAAGUUAGAUAGAAUGCAUCAGUCCCAGGAUCCUGCAGGGGUCGAAAGCUUGGAAGUGACGGCGCGAGUCCCAGGAAGCCACCACGCCGAGGGACUCUCCUAUAUCUCUUCCAUGGUCAAAGCGGAGCCAGCUGCCGACAUACUGCCGAACUACCUAUACAGUCUUCCGGAUCCUUCGUUUGGUAGGUCAUCAAACUUCCAAACGGCCCAGAGCAUCGCGUCGCAUGCGUACGGUGCCAAUCCGCGAGAAGAAUAUCCGCAGCGAUCUCGUUAUCCCACUGACUCUGUUGCGUACUGCCAUCCUUCCUCCGACGACUCCUCCGAUAUGUACGCCGAAUGUUAUCGUUCCGGUGCACAUCAAUACCUAGACGACGAGCAAUGUACCGAUUUUUACGGCUCUCCGCGUACCUCCCUGGACUCCGAAGCUUCCUCCUCUACUUGCUCCUGCCUGACGAACCCGGCCUUUGCUCGGCCGCUGGCGGCGUUCAUGACUCAACUACGUGCGACUGCUCAGUUGCUCCAGCAUGCGUCGGGUGACCAUGACCAGCAAGAAUGUCUCAUACUUGCACAUAUGAUCGAGCUCGAUGCGAUUAUGCGGGGUGGGAUUUCGAACCUUACGGCGGAGUAUUGCCCAAGUCCCGCUUCUGUGGAAAGCGGAGUCAUGCCACCCGUGUCGACGUUGAGCCAAGAAUCCGGCUCAAGCAUAUCUUCUGAUGAGUGGACACCUCAAAGCGGUAACCUUGCAUACUUCCAUACCUAUGUAAGGACGAGAUGACAGUAUUUUGAAAAUAACGGGAUCAUUUCCUAUGAACCUUCGCAACGCAAGCCUUGCUAUGAAAUAUCCUAUUUAUUUUCACUGGUCACAGUAUACCAAGCGCUCGGCAUCCUUGGACUCUCGUGUGUCCGUACUUCUGAAGUGCGAUUAUCCGCUGCUGUUCAAGCCCAGGACAUUGUAUUGGCACUGUUUGCGAGUUGUACAUAUGAAGAAUGUAAUCAUCAAUCCAGCACGAUCGGCUCAUUCUCUCGUAUGGUCGU